CUGAAUCGAAGUAUCUAUCCUCGGCUUAUCGGUUCAGACUGGGGCUACCAUGGCCGUUUUCCCUCCAUCUUGUACAUUCACGUUAGCGCAUAACUGUCUUCUCUGAUCUACUUCAAGGUCCUCGGUUGAGCUGUUAGUCACCAUUAGAUAAGUGGAUUUCUUCGUGUUUUCCAAAAUCCGUCUUCCCGAGUGCGUUCCAUCGUCUAUUAUUGUUAUCGUGUUUCCAUGGCAAUCUUCAUCCUCUGCUCAAACCUGUGCUGUAGUAGUGUAUCAUAUAAUUGUCCCCUCACAGAUGGUAAUAUCUACGUUUUUAACUAUAAUGGGUGGUCAAGACGGAGGAAUUGCGUAAAUAUGAAGAUUAUACCCAAUGGGUCUGCGAAUGGGGAGAAAUAUGGAAUAAAGCAAGGAGGCAUUAGAACAAGUUCACAGAAGGUGGCCGUGGUAAAUGAGAAGAGAAGAGAUAAAGUGUCAUCCGAAGAAGUUAUGAGCGUUCUCAAGUCGAUUGCGGAACCUAAUUCUGCUCUUUCGUAUUUUAAGUCAGUUGCCCAGUUGCCGAAUUUUGUGCAUACGACUGAAGCAUGCAAUUACAUGCUUGAGUUCUUAAGGGUUCACAGGAGGAUUGGGGAUAUGGUUUUUGUCUUCGAUUUGAUGCAAAAGCGGAUUAUCAAGAGAAAUUUAAAUACAUAUUUGAUCAUUUUCAAAGCUCUUUCUGUCAAAGGCGGGAUUCGGCAAGCACCGUUGGCGCUCGGAAAAAUGAGGAAAGCCGGAUUUGUCUUGAAUGCGUAUUCAUAUAACGGAUUGAUUCAUUUACUGCUCCAAUCUGGUUCCUGUAGAGAGGCUUUGGAUGUUUACAGAAGAAUGGUCGCGGAAGAAAUAAAGCCUAGCAUGAAGACGUACUCAGCACUAAUGGUAGCCUUAGGGAAGAGAAGGGAUACUGGAACUGUAAUGGAUUUAUUGGAAGAGAUGGAAACGUUGGGUUUGAGGCCAAAUAUUUAUACAUAUACUAUAUGUAUUAGGGUGCUUGGGAGAGCUGGGAAAAUUGAUGAUGCCUUCGGAAUUUUGAAGAAAAUGGAAGACGAUGGGUGCGGACCAGAUGUUGUUACUUACACAGUUCUCAUUGAUGCGCUUUGUGCUGCAGGGAAACUUGAUGGAGCCAUGGAGUUAUACACUAAGAUGAGAACUAGCAGCCACAAACCUGAUCGAAUAACAUACACUACCUUAAUGGACAAGCUCAGUGACUGUGGUGACUUGGUUGCAGUGAAAAAACUCUGGAGUGAGAUGGAAGCUGAUGGUUAUGCUGCUGAUGUGGUUACUUACACAAUACUUAUUGAUGCUUUAUGCAAAUCUGGGAAUGUUGAACAGGCUUUUGCUAUGUUAGACGUCAUGAGCACUAAAGGAAUCUCUCCAAAUCUUCAUACCUACAACACACUGGUCUCUGGACUUCUGCGGCUGAGAAGGUUGGAUGAGGCAAUGGAGCUUUUCAACAAUAUGAAAUCUUUGGGUGUUGAACCUACGGCCUUUACAUAUGUCCUUUUCAUUGACUACUACGGAAAGUCUGGUGAUCCGGGAAAAGCUCUUGAUACCUAUGAAACUAUGAAAAGUAGAGGAAUUGUGCCAAGUAUAGUGGCCUGUAAUGCUUCUUUAUACAGUCUUGCUGAAUUGGGUAGGAUUAGAGAAGCAAAAGAAAUAUUCAGUGAGAUUCAAAAUUGUGGGCUUGCACCAGAUUCGGUAACAUAUAAUAUGAUGAUGAAGUGCUAUAGUAAAGUGGGCCAAGUAGAUGAAGCCUUAAAGCUUCUAGAUGAGAUGAUGGGCAAUGGGUGUGCACCUGAUGUAAUUAUAGUCAAUUCUUUAAUUGACACACUUUACAAGGCUAAUCGGGUUGAUGAGGCAUGGGAAAUGUUUGGGAGAAUGAAGCAUAUGAAGCUUUAUCCCACAGUUGUGACAUACAAUACUUUACUCGGAGGCUUGGGGAAAGAGGGAAAGCUUCAAAAGGCGCUUGAAUUGUUUGAGAGUAUGACAGAAUGUGGAUGCCCCCCAAACACAGUAACUUUUAACACACUCCUGGACUGCCUCUGCAAGAAUGAUGCGGUUGAGUUCGCCUUGAAGAUGCUGUAUAAGAUGACAACAAUGAAUUGCAUUCCCGAUGUUCUGACUUAUAACACCAUCAUCUAUGGCCUGAUCAUAGAAGAUAAAAUUGAUGAUGCAUUCUGGUUUUACCAUCAGAUGAAGAAAUUUCUCUACCCUGACCAGGUAACUUUAUGCACCCUCCUUCCUGGUGUUUUGAGGCUUGGGAGGAUUGAGGAUGCUUUUAAGGUUGUCACGGAAUUCACACACAAGGUUGGUUUACAGACGGGCAGACAGUUCUGGGAAGAAUUAAUGGAUGGUAUUCUAAUUCAAACCAAAUUAGAAAAUGCCAUUUUGUUUGCUGAAAAAUUGGUGCACAAUUCAAUUUGCCAAAAUGACUCUAUAGUUUUGCCACUAAUCAGAGUUCUGUGUAAACAAAACAGGGCCAUGGAUGCUCAAAAUUUAUUUGACAAAUUUACAAAAACCUUGGGAAUUCACCCAACCUUGGAAACAUAUAAUUGCUUGAUGGAUGGGCUUCUGGGAUGUAAUAUCAAUGAAAAAGCCUGGGAUCUCUAUGCGGAGAUGAAAAAUAUCGGUUGUGGCCCAGAUAUUUUUACCUACAACUUGUUGCUUGAUGUUCUAGGGAAAUCUAGGAAGAUCAAUGAACUUUUUGAGCUGCACAAGGAGAUGCUCUCAAGGGGAUGCAAGCCUAAUGCCGUCACUCAUAAUAUUAUCAUUUCAGCGCUUGUGAAAUCUAAUAGCUUGAACAAAGCAUUAGAUCUAUACUACGAUCUUGUAAGUGCUGAUUUCUCUCCCACUCCUUGCACGUAUGGCCCUCUUAUAGAUGGUCUUCUGAAGGCUGGAAGGUUGGAGGAAGCAAUGCAACUCUUCGAGAAUAUGUCAGACUAUCGAUGUGAGCCAAACUGUGCAAUUUACAAUAUUCUUAUUAAUGGAUUUGGGAAAGCAGGUAAAAUUGAAACAGCUUGUGAUUUGUUCAGGAGGAUGGUUAAAGAAGGGAUAAGGCCGGAUUUGAAAUCUUACACCAUUCUUGUGGAGUGUCUGUGUAUGGUAGGUAGAAUUGAUGAUGCUCUACGGUACUUUGAGGAACUAAAGCUAACUGGCCUUGAUCCUGACUUAGUUUCUUACAACCUUAUCAUCAAUGGUCUUGGAAGAUCGCGUAGGUUGGAGGAUGCUCUUUCUCUUUUUAAUGAAAUGAAGAGUAGGGGCAUCACUCCUGAUCUUUACUCUUACAAUUCACUGAUUCUUAAUCUGGGGAUUGUUGGUAUGGUUGAGCAGGCGGGAAAGAUGUAUGAAGAACUACUACAGGUGGGCCUUGAACCUAAUGUCUUCACUUAUAAUGCUCUCAUUCGAGGAUAUAGUAUCUCAGGCAAUUCAGACCGAGCCUUUGCCGUGUACAAGAAGAUGAUGGUUGGGGGAUGCAGGCCCAACUCGGGAACAUUUGCUCAGCUUCCUAAUCAAUGCUGACUAAGAGUCCCAAUAUCAUUUGAAUGAUAUCGCAUUUAAGAAGCUUAUAAUUGUUUUAGUCCGGGUGAUUAUGACUUCGUGCCUCAAAAAUCUCGGGGACUCUAGAUACCAACCUGUUUAUAGUUUUGUCCAAAACAUUGCUUCAUUCUGACAACGCCUCAACAAUUUACAGUACUUGUCGAUCAAAUUGAAUUGUGACUUGCGUACGCUCCCAAUCUAUGCACAUGUGGCCUUCAUCUUCCAUACUCGGAGGAGGAACAAAUUGACGCCACACGAAGACUCAAAACGACGAAGAUUGUAAAAAGGUUGUAGUUUUUCAUACUGACCUAUAGGUAUAGCCUUUUAAGUUCUUUGCUGCCAUUCUUUGUGACUACAUGAACAAUUUGUAGAAGUGGUUAGAAAUUGUCAAAUAGCAUGUAAUUAGAGAAUUGUGGAGGUGAAUGGAAAAUCGCAAGAUUUUGAAAUAAUGAAUUGUUAGUUGACAUUGUUAGUGUAAACAGGAUACUAUUCGAAAUAUUGCGAUGAUUAUUCACAUAUUGAACCCGUUUUUCGCA